AGGAGUUGGAGUUGAUAAAAAAAAAAAAUAACAAAUAAAUAAAUAAACCAACAAAAUUUUUAAUUUAUUGUGUGUAAAAUUUAUUUUUUGUUAGAGUUAUUAUCAAUUACGUGUUAAUUAAUUUUAGUUUAAUUUAUAAAAUGAAUUUUAUGAAUUUGACAUCACCUCACAUGUUGUCUGAUAAUAAAUUACGUGAAAUAUUAAAAGAUAGAUGUAUUGAAGUUAAAGAUAUUGAAUUUAUGGAUAAAUUGAAAUUGCUUGAAAUAUUUAAACGCAUUGCAAUGCCAAUGCCGCAAAGAAAAUAUAAUGAUCAGAGAUCAUUAGGUAAAAAAUUGUCAGAUCUGAGAUUAGCUAAAAAUAUUAAAAUUUCUGAUCAUGAUAAAACUAAGAGUGAAUUACUUGACAAAUCAUUUGAAUCUGAGGAUAAAAAUAAUUCAAAUAAAAGUCCCAACAAUGGAAUUCUAAAAUCACCAAUUAAUAAAUUAAAAUCUGAACAAAACAGUAUUCGGCUGUCAAAUAAUAUUCAUCAAGUAUCAAAUGAUCAAAAAAGAAAGAACAAUAUGUCUCCAGAUCAAUCGCCAACAAAGCGUCAAAAAAUUUCAUGGCCUUAAACAUAUGAUAAUUAUGUUUUAAUCAAAUUAAAUUUAUUUA